AUGUCCUAUUCGUCCGUGGCAGUUCGCUUCUUUACCACUCCUAAGCCAUUUGGUCGCGCCAUGGAUUCUGAUAUCAAAGACUCGGAAUCUCAUGGUCAUACGGUCGUAAGACCAAAUGUACCGGCAGACCGCCCUUCUUCGGAGGGUGUGGAGACACUGCAGCCUAAGAAGCAGGGGUUGACCUUUGCUAAUCAAGACGCUUUACCUAAACUUCCAAUUCCUGAACUGGAAGAUACUUGCCGCAGGCACUUGGAUGCUCUUGUUGCUUUGCAGUCUGCGCGAGAACAUGAGGAGACCAAGGCGGCGGUGAAUGAUUUCCUAAAGACAGAUGGUCCGAUUCUUCAGGAGAAGUUAAAGAACUAUGCGUCCUCGAAAACAAGCUACAUUGAGCAAUUUUGGUACGACUCCUACUUGAAUUUUGACAGCUCCGUCGUUUUGAAUCUCAAUCCAUUCUUUCUCUUAGAAGACGAUCCCACACCUGCUCGGAACAACCAAGUCACUCGGGCUGCAUCUUUGGUUGUUUCAGCUUUGUCUUUCGUGCGCGCGGUGCGGAAGGAGGAGCUUCCACCCGAUACUGUGCGAGGCAGUCCUCUCUGCAUGUAUCAAUACUCACGCCUCUUUGGGACGGCGCGUCUUCCCACUGAUAAUGGCUGCGUCAUCAGCCAGGACCCAGUGGCGAAGCAUAUCGUCGUGAUGUGCCGUGGCCAGUUUUAUUGGUUUGAUGUUUUAGAUGACAACAGUGAUCUAAUCAUGACCGAGCGUGAUAUUUCACUAAAUUUGCAUGUCAUCGUGGAUGAUGCUGCACAGACUCCGAUUCAUGAAGCUGCCAAGGGUGCCUUGGGUGUUCUCAGUACCGAGAACCGCAAGGUCUGGUCUGGAUUACGAGAUAUCAUGACCAAGGAUCCUGCUUCUAAUAAUGCCGAAUGCCUGAAUAUCGUCGACACCGCACUCUUCGUUCUGUGCUUAGACGAUACAGAGCCCUUGAAUACCGCGGAGCUCUGCGCCAACAUGCUCUGCGGCACUAGUGAAGUGAUUAAGGGUGUGCAAGUAGGAACUUGCACAAAUCGUUGGUAUGACAAGCUACAAAUUAUUGUCUGCAAAAAUGGAAGCGCGGGCAUCAACUUCGAGCAUACCGGCGUGGAUGGUCAUACUGUCUUGCGCUUUGCCAGCGACGUAUACACCGACACCAUCCUGCGCUUCGCCAAGACAAUCAAUGGUCAAGCUCCCAGUCUGUGGACAACAUCCAGUCCUGACCCAGCCAAACGUGAUCCGCGCAGCUUUGGAAAUGUCAGCACAACACCUCGCAAGCUAGAGUGGGAUAUGAUACCUGAACUUAACAUUGCCCUCCGCUUCGCCGAGUCCCACCUCUCAGACCUUCUCCACCAGCACGAAUUUCAAGUACUUGACUUUGAAGGCUUUGGCAAGAACUUCAUCACAUCCAUGGGCUUCUCCCCAGACGCCUUCGUUCAAAUAGCUUUCCAAGCAGCCUAUUACGGGCUUUAUGGUCGUCUUGAGAAUACAUACGAACCUGCCAUGACCAAAUCAUUUUUACACGGCCGCACCGAAGCAGUCAGAACUGUUACACCGGAGUGUCUAGACUUCGUUCGCACAUUCUGGGGCGAGAACCCCGCUGAACAGAAGAUCGAGGCCCUUCGCGCCGCGACUCAACGCCACACGGCCAUUACAAAAGACUGUUCGAAGGGUCAGGGCCAAGACCGCCAUCUUUACGCUCUAUACUGUCUUUGGCAACGCUCUUUCGAUGAGAGUCUAUUCCACGACUCCAGCUCCGUGGGCGGAUACUCUAGUCCAAGCGAAAGUCUCGAAUCGGCCAAAUUCUCUGGAACGUCUGUCUCUGAUGACGGCUUUUCUUCCCCUUCAAGCGGCAGUCUCCGAAACUUCCGACCUGCAUCUCCACCUACACCCGCCAUAUUCAGUGAUGCCGGCUGGGACAAGAUUAACAAUACGAUACUCUCAACCUCCAACUGCGGAAAUCCCUGUCUACGUCACUUCGGUUUUGGGCCUACGUCUGCCGAUGGAUUCGGUAUUGGGUACAUUAUCAAAGAUGAGACAAUUUCAUUCUGCGCAUCUUCGAAGCAUAGACAGACCUCUCGUCUGAUGCAAACACUGGAGUCUUAUCUAUUUGAGAUUCGGAAGCUAAUGCGAGCUACGAAUCGGAAGACUACGAGUCCUCGGACUAGUCGCGCUCGUGAGACUGAAGCCUUGGCUGAACGUUUACAAUAUGAUACUCAGCGGAGAGGUAGAAUCGUUCGUGGAGAUUACCGUGGAACGGAUACGCCGACUACGACGACUGAUAGUGGGGAAUUGGAGGACGAUGGAAUGGGAGGAUAUGGGUUCUUCGAUGCCGGGAUGCUGCUCCAUGCGCUCAAGGGUGUGAACGCUGAGCGGGAACAACGGGAUAAGCCUGCGAAGAGACGAUUCGUGGGGAAGAAGCUGCAUUUGAACGAAUAUUAA